AUGUCCCAGGCCGAGGCAACCCGUGCCGAGUCUAUUGACGAACAGGAACAUGCCAGAGCCGAUGGCGACAAAAAGCCGAAGUCCCGGCGACCCGCCAAUACUGCGUUUCGCCAGCAGCGAUUGAAAGCAUGGCAACCGAUCCUAACUCCGAAGAGUGUAUUGCCUCUUUUCUUUAUUGUCGGGAUCAUAUUUGCUCCCCUCGGUGGUGUCCUUCUCUGGGCGAGCUCUCUGGUCCAAGAGAUCGUGAUUGAUUACACGGAUUGUUAUAGCGCAGCCCCAACAGCCAACCAGGCUUACAUUCCCGACAGGGUCUCAAUGACCUUCAAAACGAAGUCGUCAACCACACCAUCAUGGCAGAGAACUGUGGAUGCGACAACCAAUCAAACUACCUGCAGCCUUUACUUUAACAUUCCCGAAUCUAUGGGACCCCCGGUCUUCCUUUACUACCGCCUCACUAACUUUUACCAAAAUCAUCGUCGAUAUGUUCAAUCUUUGGAACUGGAUCAAUUGAAGGGCAGUGCUCUCAGCAACAAAACCAUUGCCGGCAGCGUUUGUGAUCCUCUCACUACAGACCCGGCCACCAAGAAAGCUUACUACCCAUGUGGCCUGAUCGCGAACUCUAGAUUCAACGACAGUAUCGACAGUCCUGUGCUUCUAAGCAAUAACGAGACACCCUACAACAUGACAAAAAAGGGCAUCGCGUGGGAGAGUGACAAGGAGUUGUAUCAAAAGACCAAAUAUCAGCAUUGGGAAGUGGUUCCCCCUCCCAACUGGACCAAAUACAACGGCAGCUAUACAAAUGAGUCUAUGCCUAACAUCCAUGACGAUGAAGACUUUAUGGUUUGGAUGAGAACUGCUGGACUGCCAGCUUUCAGCAAACUCUCUCGUCGAAAUGACGAUACUGCCAUGGCUGCAGGGGAUUACCGGCUGGAUAUCAUUGACCAGUUCAAGGUCACUGAGUAUGAUGGAACGAAGUCGAUUUUGCUCUCUACUCGUACUGUCAUGGGUGGGAAGAAUCCAUUCAUGGGAAUUGCUUACGUUGUUGUUGGAGGAGUUUGCGUACUCCUUGGAGCUCUUUUCACCAUUGCUCAUUUGGUUCGACCGAGAAAACUUGGGGACCACACCUACCUAUCUUGGGACUCAAGCAAUCAGCCAACCACCGCUAUGGCUACUGGGCGAGAUGACAGACUUCGUCCAAGUUCCUAA